GAGCGCAGGACGUCACGGCUCAGUCUGUGGAACCCGGGGAAAGAGAACGAGCGUUCUGGAAGUCUGUCCAGGAUCCUCCCCUCACACGCCCAGCGCCCGCUUCUGCGAUAGAGUACCCGGUACGGGCGGACAUGGCACCGGGCGUGCGUCAGCAUCUGUGCUGAUAAUGCUCAAGAUGAAGCUGCCCCAGUAUAAGCAGAGCGCGUCGGAUGAGGACGAAGGCGGAGAGCGGCUCGGGAUGUGUUCUAGUCCCUGCAGCCUCUGCCCAGCCGCCGGUGGUGCUCCGGGGCCGGGCUCCCUCCAGAGGGAAGCGGUGUAUGAGUGGUUCGUGCAGGCGCUGGGCCCGGCGCAGAGACUGGAGUUCACCUGCGGAUUACUGGACUUGUGUAACCCGCUGGAGCUGCGCUUUCUGGGCUCCUACCUGGAGGACUUGGCCCGCAAGGACUGCCACUAUCUGCGGGACUACGAGAGCAGAGCCAACGGCCUGGCCGGGGAGAUGCUGGGCGACCUGGGGGACCCCAUCAUUCGCUCCCGCCUCAUAGUCUUCCUGGCGCUGCUCAGCUCCGAGAACCGGGACGUAGCCGGCCGCCUCUACCGAGCGCUGCUGGCGGGCUGGGACGAGGAGGACCGGGAGCCCGGGGAGGAGCUGCUGCUUCUCUUCACCAUGGCGUCCCUGCACCCGGCGUUCUCCUUCCACCAGCGGGUCACCCUGCGGGCGCGCCUGGAGCGGCUGCACGAGGCCUUGUGUGGGAGAAGCCGCCCUGAGGAGAAUAUUCAUGAAUAUUUACCCAACCGUGAUGGCUGCGACCCAGAUGGCAGUGUAGGUGCUCGCAAUGGAGUUGGAGCAAUGGUUCACAAUCUUCAACAAGCAGCUGUUCACAUUGCGAGUAUAAGUAUUAAGCAUGUACAGAGGAGGAGAGCUGACAAGAACUCGGACUACACGUUCGAGGUAAAGUGGUCCGAUAACUCAAGAACAUCUGUUACAAAAUCUCAUCGGGAGCUGCAGGAAUUUGUUUUAAUGCUUCCAAAAGAGCUCUCCAAUGAAAACCUUGAUAAACCCAUUUUAGCAGCCUUACAACUAGGGAAAAGGAGAGAAGAGUCUCACUGCUGUGACUUGGAGCUGAUUGUAAAGCAAAUCUUUUCAUCUCCGUCCCAGGCUCUACUUCAGAAUCAAAAGGUCUACAGCUUUUUCCAGAGUAUCCAAGCAGAACCUGCUCACUCCGGUAGUCAUUUACAACCUAGUUCAAAGUAUUGUAAAAGCCAAGAAGACAGCUCCGAGACCUCAAGUCAAGAGGAAGAUGUUGCACACCAUACGUCGGUUCAUAAGAAAUCUGCUGGGAAAUGUUUGGUCACAAAUUUUAUUGCAGCAAAAAGUUCCCCUGGGACUCAUGUGGCACAUGGUGAACAGAAUGGUAAAGACUGGAGUAAGAGUAACUGCGCCUCUGAGUAUUAUUUAAGUACAGGGCACCAGCGACCAUUGGAUAGACGGAGUUUACAUCCAAUAGCGCGGGAAACCUCGGAUAGCAGAACUGCACAGAAACUGAAUGGCCGGUCAAUAUACAAAGCAAAUGGGGUGAAACCUCCUCCAAACUUGAGGACCUUGACCGGGAAAGAUCCAGCAUUGGAAAUUGGGUCUGGGCAUGACACUUGUGGAGAAACCUCUUCUGAGAGUUACAGUUCCCCACCUAGCCCCCGCAGUAAUAGGAGAGAGAGCUUCGAGAGCGAAGAAGAGAAAGACAGAGAUACAGACAGUAACUCUGAGGACUCCACCAAACAUAUUUCUGGUUUCACAACAUUUGGAACAGUUAAAGCUUCCGCUGCCAAAUUGUCUGAGCACCUUAACAAUGAAGACAAUACUACUGAGACCCUGAACAAUCCCAAGUUUUUUCUCUUGCCUCCAUUACAUUGUGUAAUGCCAAGUGGCGCAGAUAAAUUGGAAAAUGGGAUUCCACCAUCUAUGUCCUCAGAUGGAAAGCCUCUUGGUAUGCUUGUUAGUCCUGUAUCCAUGUCCCCUUUGAGAGAAGUAUGUCACCAGAGUUCUCCUGGAAUUGGGGCUCCACCUGCAACUUCCAUUUUGGGAGAAUCUGAGAAAUGUGUUGAUUUGCUUGCUACUGCUCUGCCUGUUCCUUCCACUUUUCUCCCUCGUAAUUGUCCACCCAGCAGCCCUGCUCUGCAUAUCCCCGUUCACAGGAUGAAAUUAACUACUCAGGGGCCAUCAGAAAACUGUACAGUUAACGGAUCAACACAGAAUAAUUUAGGUCUAGGGACUGCCAAUGCUGGUUUUAUAUCUGUUCACAGUCCAAGUGGAUUUCCAGCCUCUCCUGUGACUGCUUCAGACCCCCUAGCUAAACCUAUUUCACAAAUUGCAAGUUUUAAUCAGGUUGUGCCUCGCCUGGAUGGAAGUGCUGGGGCACUGCCUGCACCUACAAACAUAAAGCUGGUUCUCCCAGCCACUAACUUACCCACUGCACCUUCAGCGGUCACUUUCUCUUUGCCUGCACAAGCACUUGCAAGUAAUAUGGUGCCUUCACCAAAUACUAAUGUGCUGAAUGCCUCUGGUACGGUUGCAUCCACUCAGACAGGUAGUUGCAGUACAGGUCAGUUACAGUCUAUCCCUCCCACAAUUCCCACGCAUAGCCCUGGACCAGCACCAAGUCCAAGUCCUGCGCUAACUCACAGUACGGCACAGAGCGAUAGCACUUCCUUUAUUAGUGCUGCAGUUGGUAAUACUAGCACAAAUGGGGCACCCCCGACACCUCAGCAAAUGGGACAAGGAGCAUGUGGGUCCUGCGGACGUCGCUGCGGAUGUGGAAACAGUGGAGCAAUCCCUUUUGGCAGUUUCUAUUAUCCUAACCCAAUCACGGGACAGAUGUAUACAAGAGUUCCUCCUAUCUUUAUUCCAUCGCUUUGCAAUAACACCUACCUCAGCCAAGCACAUCAGAGCAAUGGAACACAAUUUCCUGUCUUCCUUCAUCAGGCUCCUUACUCCAAUGGACUGAUACACGACCCUGUGCUUGGAGGUCAAGCCAACUAUGGUAUGCAACAGAUGGCAAGUUAUGCGAGGCUGUACCCAAUGUACCCAGCAACUAAUGUCGUAGGCAGCACUAAUGGAUCAGUGACUAAGAAAAAUGGGAACGUGUCCUGCUAUAACUGUGGGGUAAAUGGCCAUUAUGCACAGGACUGUAAGCAGCCACCAAUGGAGGCCAGUCAGCCAGGCACUUUCAGGCUGAGGUAUCUCCUUAAUCGUUCUAAUGAUUCUUUGGAUUCUGCAGAAAGACACCAGUCCACAUUAAAUAAAUGAAAAAUAAAAAAGUAUAAAAAAAAGUGCAUCCACUUAUAACGAUACGGAAGUUUUGCUUUCCAUUUUGAUAAUGGGAGCUAGUCUCUCAUGAUUGCUUCACCGUGUUGUCAAAUCCAUUCCUGUGCCAUGAAAAAUAAACCCUGAACUUGAAGACCAGAAGCAGUCUUGAGGAAGAGAGGCUUGAUAACAUGGCCUGGAAAAAUCAGUUCUUAGAGGCUGUUGACCUGGAGACUGAGAGGAUUCUUAAUCGAAAUUAUAAAUCACCCAGAAGACUUGAUUGGAGCACCUUGCUUUUAAUUCAUUUGAUAGAUCUGGGGAUAUUAUGCAAUUUUGUAUUUCCUUUGAGAUUAAAGGUCUAGAAGGAAGAGCCUCUGCACUGUCUGUCCAAUAACCUCCACACUUUAGGUUCAAGGUUACUGGAGUAAAAUGAGAAUCUGUUUUUAAGUAAUUUACAGUGGAGGUGUCAGUGUGUGUGUGUGUGUGUGUGUGUGUGUGUGUGUGUGUGUCUGUGCUCGGUGAGAACUUGCUUCUUAAACAAAAGCACUAGUACUCCAACUUGAGUUGUUGCAUUUCAGAUAUUUAUUGGGAAAAAUCCUUGUGUUCUCCUGAUAUUGAAGUAUGAAUACGAAGAUGUCUCCAAGAUCACCGUUGGUGCAGAAUUCCUCUCUGUGUCAUGCUCAUUCUUUACCAAUCGGUUGUAGGAGAUGUUUUCCGUGAUUUAUUUUUUAGCAUAGGAAAUAACCUAUGUUUUUUUAUUAGUUUCUAUUUAAACUUGUCUGCCUAUGAAUUUAUGACUGUAUGUUAAGUCUUCACAGUAAGGCUUGGCCAUACACAUGAGAGAUAUGUCGGUCUACUCUCUGGAGGUGGCUUAUCUCUCUGAGAACAAAAGGAUCGACCUUGAUGAAUUCCAACAGAGUGAAGAUGCCCCAUGCACAUUAGAUGGUCAGCCGAAGCCUGCAGAUUCGGAUGAUAUAGAUCUAAUGGGUAGGGCAAGCGUAAUGUUUUUUGCGAGUCAUACACCUAGUCCUAAUUUAUUUUCACUCAGGAUGUAUGAAAGUAUUUAAAUCUAAAAGCCUUGACUGUGUAAUUUUGAGGAAUAUUCUUGAUCCUUAGAAGAAUAAAAGCGUUACUAUUAGUUUUUUUUUUUUCAAUUCUGCCACUAAGUGUGAUACAUAAUGUGAAAGUCUGAAACUGUGUUAGGUUACCUGAACACGAGGCAGAUUUGUAUGCAGAGAAUCUGCUUGAAUCCACACUACUUAUUGCGGUUUUGGUGUUUUUUGUGGAUUUGUUGUUUAACAACCCCAUUGAAAUCUAUGGGGCGAACCACUCUGCAUAAGGUGCGGAAUUGCACAAACAGUUGAGAUGCUGUGGGUUUUAAAAUCCGCACAAAAGCAAACUGUACAUGGUAUUUGUCAGAUGCCCUAAGCUUAACUGCACACACUGCAGAUGACACGUUUUUCCAAGCUGAUUUUUGUGCAAAAAACAUAACGUAGAAUACAGUACUGUCAAAGUGAAUGAGAUUGGACUACUUUCACGUACACUUUGCUUUUUUCUUCAGUGUGGAAAUUGACCUGCAGUGCGUGCAGAUUUUCAAAUGCAACAUGUCAAAUGUUUGCAAUUCCAAACCUUGUUCAUAGUGGUUCUUCCCUUAGUCUUCACAGGGGUUAACAUACAAAAUUUGCACCAAAAACCCUUGCUAAAACCUUGACAAAUAGUGUGGAUUUAUGUGCAGAUUUUCUGCGUACAAAUCUCCGUGUUCAGGUUCCCUUAAUGUCAAAAGACUAUUGCUGCUGUUUUUAUUUUUUAAGUUUAUACCCCAAACCCAUUGCCAACUUAUGCACUACAGUCCAUUCUUCCAGGUAAUGUUUAUACUGUAACUGUGUGCACUAAGGUUAUUUGGGAGUUAUGGAUGUGUUUCCAGCAGCAGUCUUUUACCAGCAAAUUUUUUUAUUUUUUAUUUUUUUGCAUUCCUAUCAUUUCCAUUUGCUGGGAGGAUAUAGUUUAAUAUGCCUUUUACAUAGGCCAAGUAUAUUUUUACAGCAGGUAUAGCAGCACUUGUAAAUACGUAGUGUAUGUAAAACUACACGUAUGGUGUUAGACCAUAAAAUAGGAAAACGAAUAUUCAGGUGCAAUACUUGAAAAAAAAAAAGUUGGUCUUGAUGUAAAACACUGUUUUGUCCUCCCCAGCUAAUGCAGUGUUUUUUUUCCUUUAAUAAUAAAGCAUCAAAUUCUGAUGUCUGAGAACAGCGUUUAGUUACAGUACUAGUUCCUAUGAAGCUUUAAUUUAAGAGAAAAUAUCUUCUAUUUUAUUUGAAAUUCUAGAUAUUUUUGGAUAUGAUAGAACACAGUGAAGGUAUUGCAAAACUCUUCAGGUAAAAAUCUGAGGAUUACAGAUGGGCAAGAAGAGAGGAUUCUACAGUACUGUGCAUUACCUUCCAGUUAUUUGUAUGUUUACCAUAUUCUUUGAUAUUUCAACCGUUAUGUACUGGAAAGGUUACUUAUAUUUCUAGAAAAGAUUUUGAAUUUUAUGCAAAAAUAUUUCCUUGAAUUAACAGCAAUAAAAAAACAAAAAAAAAAACACAGGAAAGCAUCCCACGUGUGUUGGCACUUUAUUUACAGCCUGUGUGUGUGUAUGGUUGGAAUGAUAACUUGCUAGGAUGUGCUCUGUAUUACAUCAUAUAAAGUACAUGCAGAUCAGCAGACAUUACAAAAACUAAGGGAUGCUGCAAAUGGCAGUGGAUUUUAAGUCUGGCAUGAGUCACUUUGGAACUUAAUCCAAAUGAUUCAGACAUUUUUCUUUUUGAGGCACAUCGCGGGAGAUCAGUCAUCCACAGAUACCAGAAAACGGUCAUUAAAAAUUCUCAAAUACUGGAUUUGCAACUUUUGAAACAUCAUUUGCGCAAGUUUUAUGUGCGUAUUGUGAUUUACUACCGACCUCAUCACUUUCCCAAAAGACUGCAUGUUUCAGUUUUAUCCUAAUUUACUCCAGUUUCUUGGCAUAAAUGACAACUGAACUCUAUGCUGUUUCAAUUUUUGACGAGGCACAGGUUGCCAGCGUUAAACACCGGUCUAGAUAAAUCUCCCCCAUUGUACUUUUUAAUGAUAAAUUUCAGUUAAUACAUUUUUGCUUUUUUGACACACAAAUUUUAACAAGAAUUUGGAAAAACUAUCAAUUUUUCUGCUUUUAAAAACUGUUUUCUGCCAUGUUUAGGAAGUUUGUAA